UUUUUGAAACACCCCCGAAAUAUUCGGUUCUUGCGCUUUCGUGUCUCUGCGGCCACCACAUUACACUGUCAAGUCUCUCUGUACAAUAAUUGAAUCACAGGUCUUUCAAAAUAAGUACUUGCUAACUUCACAGGCCUUUUUGAGUUCGUUGAUUUCAUCUUCAGCUUGAAAAAAAGAGUCUUUGCGGUAUGAUCACUGAAAAGAAAGCUGCAAAUGCUAUGGGAGGAAAGACGGCAAGAGCCUGCGAUGGCUGUUUACGCAAGCGGGCACGUUGGUAUUGCGCCUCUGAUGAUGCCUUCCUUUGCCAAGCUUGUGAUGCAUCUGUUCACUCGGCGAACCAGCUCGCCGGCAGACACGAAAGGCUUCGACUUGAAGUUGCAUCGGCCAAGCUGAAUGGAGCAUCAAAUGAUAAAUCUGUAGCAGCUCCGGCAUGGCACCAGGGGUUCACCAGAAAGCCGAGGACCCCGAGGCCUAAUAAGAACGUGUUGAUGAAACAAGGGAAGGAGAAAGAGAAAAAGAAAGUUUCAAAUUUUAAUAAUGAUCCUCUUGUUCCUGAGAUUGGUUGUGAAGAAGGGUCACUAGAGGAGAAUUCAUCAGAAGAAGAACAGCUGCUUUAUCAGGUGCCGGUAUUUGACCCGUUUGCUUCAGGUUUAUACUGUGACACUGAAAUCGCCACGGUGAAGGAAGGAGGAGGCUGUGAUUUGGAUGAUUUACAAGGGUUCUUGCAAUCAGAUACGGAUCUUGCUGAGUUUGCCGCUGAUGUUGAGAGAUUACUAGUAAGUGGGCUCAAUGAAGACUGCAAAGAAGAAACUGAAACUCAAGCCAAUGUAAACUUCGGAGACAGCACAGUGAAGGUUAAAGAUGAAGAAGAAGAGGAAUUAGAUCUUAACAGUUGCCGUUUUUAUCCCGCUUUCAACAUAACAAGAGAAGGAACAGACUGGAACUUUGACUGUAAAUCACCGACUAUAGUCAAUGAGGAAGAAGAGAAAGUGACGCCUCUAGCAGAUACAGCAAUGGCGAACACCGAAUGCAAACUUGAGAUGAAGGGAAACGUAUCUUUGAGAUUAAAUUAUGAAGCUGUGAUCAACGCUUGGGCUACCCAAGGUCGUCCAUGGAGGACGGGGACCCGACCUGAGCUUAAUCCCAAAGACUUCUGGCCCAACUGCAUGGGCACAUGUUCUGAAGAUCAUGUUCAUCACUUCUACGGUGGAGCAGUGUGGUGUCACGGCCGUGGCGAUGCAGGACGAGAGGCGAGAGUUUCAAGGUAUAGAGAGAAGCGACGGACGCGGUUGUUUUCGAAGAAGAUAAGGUACGAAGUGAGGAAGCUGAACGCGGAGAAGAGGCCUAGAAUGAAAGGGAGGUUCGUUAAGAGGACUAAUGGUGCUUCAUUUAUAACAGCUGCAGCUGCGGCUGCUUCUGUUUCUCCCUACCUGAAGAAAUAAAUGGUGAUGGCCGAAUUACAGGGAGAUUGCUUGUCUCCGGGGCUAAAUGUGGAGAUGGUGUUGAUUGCUACUCAUGGCUGAUUUUACUAUAAAGGGAAGCUGAAUAGGUAGCUUAAAUUAGAAUAAUAAAUAACCGUUGGAGUACAUCAUAUGUAUAUCAAUAUCUCCAAGGGGAAUAUAGAAAAGAGCAAUGCUAUCUGUAUUUAGUUUUCAGUAUAUAACUAAAUACUUAGUUGAUGUGUUAA